AUUGUUAGAACUCUAUUGAACUUAUUAGAACUACAUAGGAUGAUUCUGUUUAUAAUAAUUUGUGCCUUUGCUUCUACGAAUGCACAUACCUCAUCUUUCUACAUACCUAUUCGAGAAAAAAGUGCAAUUUUUAACCAGGAAAUAUCAACGAAUCUUAUUGAGGACGUUGUAGAAUUCCAUACUCCAGCCCACAACAAUGUUUUAGAAACGUUUAAAAUUCAGGAUUUUAAAAACAAUGUACAGGCAUUCUGUAUGCCACAAAAGAAAGAAUGCUUCGUUUCUGAAUUAAACCGGACACAUUAUCCAAAUGCUGGUCAAAUGAUGGAAAGUUUUGCUCAUGUUUGGAAUACUGAUGUGAUAGGCAUGGAUUCCGAGCACACCCAUACCCUUCACCAACGGUGGUAUAAAUCUGCUGCUGUACAAUCUCUCUCUGAGUUCAGUACUAGAAUGAGACAGUUUUUACAUUCUUACGGAUAUCCCAUAUUUCAAUUAAAAAAGAUAGAAGAUGACGCUUUGAUUUUAGAAGAUGACACUGAUAUAGUGAGUCGUCCAGAGAGGACUUUAAUACCGAAUAAUAAACAGUGUGAUCCAGGUGUGACUCCCGUGAGGCGUUACGGAUACACCCUAACUAAUGGAUGCGAUUGGCUUUACUUUUGUGAUACCACAACAAACGUUCUAGAGGGCAAUCACUUGGGAACGCAGAUCAAUGGUUGUACUAAUACUCACGUUCGCGAUCAGGUCUUCUACUCAUGUUUGUGCUGUCCAAACGCACACAGAGUCAGUGAUUGUUUGGUCUGUAAUGCUGUCCAUUAGAAACGCUCAUCUUUUGUAAAUCUUAAUACAAAC